CAUGGGUCUCACAUUCUCAAAGCUGUUUGACCGACUAUGGGGAAAGAAGGAGAUGAGAAUUCUGAUGGUUGGUCUUGACGCCGCCGGAAAGACCACUAUUCUCUACAAGCUCAAGCUCGGUGAAAUUGUCACCACCAUUCCCACAAUCGGCUUCAACGUUGAGACUGUCGAGUACAAGAACAUCCAGUUCACAGUGUGGGAUGUUGGUGGGCAGGACAAGAUCCGACCUCUUUGGAGGCAUUAUUUCCAGAACACCCAGGGUAUCAUCUUCGUUGUCGACUCCAACGACAGAGAUCGUAUCGUCGAGGCACGUGAAGAGCUCCAGCGCAUGCUGAACGAGGAUGAGCUCCGUGACGCUCUUCUCCUUGUCUUCGCCAACAAGCAGGAUCUUCCCAACGCCAUGAACGCUGCCGAAAUCACAGACAAGCUUGGUCUUCACAGUCUCCGACAACGCGCCUGGUACAUCCAAUCUACCUGCGCUACUUCCGGUGAUGGUCUCUAUGAAGGUCUCGAAUGGUUGAGCAACUCUCUCCGCAAGGCUGGCCACAACUGAGCGCUGUGUUCUUGGAAGUACUUGACGAGUGGUGUUGCAAAAAUUGGUCAUACGAUAAUCCUCUCGUCUUUCGCCUCACAAAUUUGCAAGUCCAUGUGUCUACGAGAAAAAAGACUACACAAGCCUGCGGUGGUUCAUCCAUGUGAAGGGUCACGUUCACUGCAGCCAGCUUGAUCGGGUGAAAAAUGCUCCAACCACGCAUAUGAAAUGUUCAUUGUUCCCGGCUUGUUACAAAGGUCACCUUGGGGGGAGUUUCUUCGAUAGGUAGUUUUGUUGCGAUUGCUGCGCAUGCCAUUGGCUUCGGGGCGGCAGGACCGACACUCUGCAAAAUCGAAGCGAAAGGUUGUGAGCAGUGAAUAGAAUUUACUUUUCGCAAAUAUACUAUUCUCUGCCAGGGAAUAAUCGUGUCUGCCUACCUGCUACUCCGUACAUGCUGUGAGGAAAGC